AUGACGGAGCGCAUGCUGUUCCUGGGAUUCAUUGUUAAUGCAGAAGGGAUACAUGUUGAUACAAAGAAAGUAGAAGCAAUACGGAAUUGGCCCAUCCCCGAAACUAUUUUUGAAAAUCACAACUUUUAUGACCUUACUACUUUCUAUCGACGGUUUAUCAGAAAUUUCAGCAAUAUCGUUACCCCAAUCACAGAUUGCUUGAAGAAAGCGCUGAGUAAUGGCAAGUACAAAAGUGUAUGGCAUAGAGCCGUUGUUAAUGCAGAAAAAGCUAGGAUGUCGGUUGCUUCCUUCCUUUGCCCACAUGAUGAUUCUGUAAUUAGCCCAGCAACUCAACAUGGAGUUGGAGCCAUGUAUAGGGAUUUCACUUAUGCUGAAUAUUAUAAAAAGUUUUGGAGCAGGAACUUGGAUCAAGAGCAUUGUUUGGAACUUUUCAAGAACUAG